AUGACUUUUGAAAGAGUGGACCUGAAAGACAAACAACCAAUGGAUCCAAAAAGCACGCCGGAAAUAAUCAAUAUGACGGAAGACGGGCUACACAACUCCGUGGGAAAAAGCGACACCGGAGUGCCUUCUUUUUCAACACCUCAAUACCAAACUAAUCUGAUGAGAGGAAGAAACCCAAUUGCUUUCAACCUAAGCACUGAAGAGCAACCAACGCCAGGCAUGGCAGCACAAGAUUCGUACCACGAGAUGCUGAAAAAGGUGCUAGAAUCUGUCCAAGCGAAUCUGGAUAGAUUGGCUAGGAGAAUUUCAGCCCGACAGCUCCAAGAAGAAAGAGGAAGAACAGAAAAUACAAACCCAAGCCGCAGAGAGACAAGGGGAGAAAAUAACAGAGGCAGGGAACUCCGGAAUGGAGGAAACGAGGAAAGAGACGAGACAAGAAACCAACAGGAGAAUGGAAGCAGGAGUAACGAAGAAAGCCCAGGCAAUCAAAACAAAGACAAAUCCAAUGAGCAAUCCCCUGAAACACCCAGAAACGAGCAAAACCAAGAUGAUGCCCGAAGCGGGUUGAAUUCAAAAAGAGAUGAACGAAGGGAGAAGGAAAAAGAAGAUGCCCCACCAAAAAGAAAGCGACAAGACAAAGAUGCGGGGAAAGAGCAGCCAAAGAAAAAACAUCAAGAAGGGGAGGGCGAAUCCUCAGAAACCCCAAAAAAGCAAAGCCACAUACGUAGUGGAGGAAGACUUGGAAGAAAAGAUCGCCAAAGCACUCAAAAAGCUGAAAUCGGAAGAGCUGGAUAUAGACAAUCUCAGGCUAAAAGGAUAGCCCCUUUCACCCGAGAUCAUGGAAGAAACCAUCCCAUAUAG